AUCGGCGUAAAUAGGUACUAGCGCUAGGCAGUUUGGUUUUCUUGUUUUGAGUGCUUCCUCGAAGAUGUGGGAUGUUUUGUUUUGUGAUGGCGUAAGAUAACAAUAACAACAGGCAUUACCAACAGCAGGGGUUGCUUUCCACAGAGAUGAGUGGUUACGUUUUGAGGGAAUUUUAUGAGCGACCAAUUCCACGACAGACAGUCAGUGAGGAACGUAUUCGUUCAUCGCAGCACGUUCGUCACAUAACUAGCAUCACCUUCACCUUCUGACAUAAGAAGUACGUCAUUUCGAUUCCUGGUGAGGCAGUUGACAGACGAUGGCCAUAGCCAGACCCCCAGGAUUUGAUUUCGACCACAAUUGGCCCGAGAGCGCGGAAUGCUUGACACUUGACUUCGGCCCCUUCGAAACCGUGCACCGAUGGAGACAAAUGCCGAACUGCGACGAGUUUGUAGGAGCCAGGCGGAGCAAGCACACAGUUGUUGCCUAUAAGGAUGCCAUAUAUGUUUUUGGAGGUGACAACGGCAAGCAAAUGCUAAAUGACCUGCUACGAUUUGAUGUGAGAGAUAAGUCGUGGGGAAGAGCCUUUACGACCGGAUGUCCUCCAGCUCCACGAUAUCAUCAUUCGGGAGUCGUACACGAAAAAAGCAUGUUUGUUUUUGGUGGUUACACAGGUGACAUUCACUCAAACUCGAACCUUGCCAAUAAAAAUGAUCUCUUCGAGUAUAAUUUUACAACUGGCCAGUGGUCGGAGUGGAAGUUUGAGGGGAGGAUGCCCGUCCCCCGGUCUGCUCACGGUGCCGCUGUGUACGACGGCAAACUCUGGAUCUUUGCCGGAUACGACGGCAAUGCUCGCCUGAACGACAUGUGGUCUGUCUCACUCCUGGGGGAUUCUCGAACCUGGGAAGAGGUGCCACAGCGAGGCGACUGCCCUCCGACGUGCUGUAACUUUCCUGUUGCAGUGGCGCGGGACAGCAUGUUUGUUUUUUCUGGACAGAGCGGCGCGAAGAUCACGAAUAGCCUUUUUCAGUUCCAUUUUAAGACAAAAUUCUGGGCGAGAAUCUCGACUGAGCACAUUCUGAGAGGAGCUCCUGCUCCCCCCACACGACGCUAUGGGCAUACCAUGGUUGCAUUUGACAGACAUCUUUACGUGUUCGGCGGAACGGCCGACAACACUUUACCUAAUGACCUGCAUUGCUUUGAUCUGGACUCACAGACAUGGUCAAUCAUUCAACCUUCAUUGGAUAGUCAGGUUCCCUCGGGCCGUUUAUUCCAUGCUGCCGCUGUCGUUGCAGACGCAAUGUACGUCUUUGGAGGCACUGUUGACAACAACGUGCGCAGCCGCGAGAUGUUUCGAUUUCAGUUUUCCUGCUAUCCCCGCUGCACACUACACGAUGAUUUUGGACGUCUCUUGGAAAGCAGGCAGUUCUGCGAUGUCCAGUUCCUGGUCGGACCAGAGGACAUAGUGAUUCCAGCCCACAUUGCAUUUGUGGCAGCCCGGUCGCAGUGGCUCCGCGACAAGAUCCGGCGUGCCAGAGAAAAACAGGAGGAUCGUGACUUGGAUCACGCUCUGGUUGAUUUGUGUCCUGGGGCGGAUGGCAGUAUGUCAGCCGCAGUCACACCUGUGCUUAGAGUUCGACUCAGAGAUGCUGUUCCUGAAGCCUUUGAAUUGGUUCUUACCUACAUAUACACCGAUCGCAUUGAUCCAACAAAAAAGAGUCGAGAUCCUAUGAGUGAUCGGAUUGUCCUGCUCAUGAUGGAUGUCUAUCGACUUGCUGUGCAGUUUCACAUGAGACGUCUCGAGCACCUCUGCGUGCAGUAUCUUGAAGCAGCUAUUAACCACCGCAACGUCCUCGUUGCACUACAGAACGCUUCAGAUUUACGGCUCGACUUCAUCAAGGAAUUUUGUUUGAAGUUUAUUGUAAAGGAGAGCACCUACAACCAGAUCGUCAUGAGCAAAGAAUUCGAAACCAUCGCCCAGCCGCUCAUGGUCGAGAUAAUACGCCGCCGCCAGAUGCCACCUGUACGGUGUUUGCAGGAACCGCUUUGUGAUUACACAGGAACAACACUUGAGCAAGACAUGGACACAUUUCUGAAAGACACGGGAAAGGAAUUUUGUGAUAUAACGCUCAUGUUGGAUGGUCAGCCCAUUCCAGCUCACAAGUCUGUGCUCGCGGCACGAUGCAGCUACUUUGAGGCCAUGUUUCGUUCCUUCAUGCCGGACCACAAUACUGUCAAUAUAGCAAUUGGUGAAAUGAUCCCAUCACUGCAGUCUUUCAAUACACUUCUACAGUAUAUCUAUUAUGGAGAGGUCUCGAUGCCACCUGAAGAUUCACUCUACCUUUUCUCUGCACCAUAUUUCUACGGUUUCACGAAUAACCGUCUGCAAGCUUUUUGCAAAGAGAACUUGGAGAUGAACGUUACAUUUGAAAAUGUGAUCCAGAUCCUAGAAGCCGCAGAUAAGAUACAAGCAACCGAUAUGAAAAAGCAUGCUCUAAGCUUAAUAGUCCAUCAUUUCCCUAAGGUGGCCCGUUUGCCGAGGCUGCGUUGCCUGAGCAAAGACCUCCUCCUCGAUAUUGUCGGGGCAGUGGCUGACCACCUGAGUGAAUCUAAACUGUGCCAAGACGUUUCAUCCGCGAGCCUCUGCAGUGAUGCCGCCAUUGGUGGCCUUGUGUGCGAUAUUUCCACCCUGCACGACUCUUCCAAAUGACUUUUUUCCAUUCCGAUACUGCGCCAGAUUAACGAGCAGUUUAGUGUUCCCUCUAUUACAUUCCCACACAAAACUGUACUUGUGGUACAAAUGCAUUUGCGAGGAAAUUAGGGAGGAGGCUGAAGUUAGUUUCAUUUUGAAUGAGUGCACGUAUCUGAUGCGGGUCUUUCUUAUCUUACAGAAGUACAUUGCAAAUAUGCGAGGAGAGAGAGAUAGGUACAUUUAAGGGUUAACAUGGCCACAUCACCUACAUGGUUCCCUGUAAAUAUUGUGAAACCGUAACACUACACACUAUUUCCCAGUCGUCACACAGUGCUGAGCGGCUGAGUAUGCCUUCUCCAAUCUGGGUAAUGUUGCUGCGUCAAACAGUGUGAAUGCUUUUUUUUUUUCAGCAUCGAUCGGAGCUGCAAUGUUGCAUGUGCACCUUCCAAUAUAGAUAUGGGGCAAUUUAUCUGAAGAUAAAAUUAAGCGAUUGAGUGUGGGAAAGUAUUAAAUUAAUGCGUGUUGAGCACAAAGGAUCUAUGUGGUUCAAUAAAAUUGGAGAGCCAUG